CUUGCCCCGCCGCCGGGCGCGCCAUGGAGGGCGAGUACUACGGCGGGGAGCAGUCAGAUGACGGUGGAGCGACCCCGGUGCAGGACGAAAGGGACUCCGGAUCUGAGGCUGAAGAUGAAGUAAAUGAGCAGCAUUCUGGAUCWGAGAAUGGGAGCAUAGGGCAUCAAUCAGAGAAUGAACACAGUGAUGGAGAAGACAAUGGGCAAAUGGGAGAGUCUCAUAUGACAGACUCUGAAAACGAAGAUAUUCCAAGGCAAAAAGACAGUGACUCAGAUAAUGAGGAGCCUCCAAAUCACAAUUUAAGUGAUUCAGACAAUGAAGCUGCUCAUGGAGGAAAAGACAGUGAUUCUGAUACUGAGGACCGUCCAAAUCAGCAUUUAAGUGACUCUGAAAAUGAGGAUGCCUUAAAUCAUCGAGUGAGUGACUCUGAAAAUGGAGAACCUCAAAGGGAUCAGAGCAGUGAUUUUGAAAAUGAGGAAUCACAGAAGCAGCCRGCCAGYGAUUCCGAGAGCGAGGAGCUGCGCAAGCAGCCRGCAAGUGACUCGGAGAGCGAGGAGCUACACAAGCAGCCAGCGAGUGACUCGGAGAGCGAGGAGCUACACAAGCAGCCRGCCAGUGAUUCCGAGAGUGAGGAGCUUCGCAAGCAGCCGGCCUCUGAUUCCGAGAACGAGGAGCCACGCAGGCAGCCAGCAAGUGAUUCUGAGAGCGAGGAGCUUCGCAAACAGCCGGCCAGCGACUCGGAGAGCGAGGAGCUGCGCAAGCAGCCGGCCASUGAUUCCGAGAGCGAGGAGCCGCGCAAGCAGCCAGCCAGCGACUCGGAGAGCGAGGAUGUUUCCAGACACAAACGAGAAGUAGAGUCUGAUGAUAGUGAUGUUGAGGACAGGAAGGAGGUGCAGAAUGAUUCUCAUCAUUCGGAUAACGAACCUGUGAGAAAAGGGUUUCAGGGUUCUGACAGUGAAGAGGAUGGCCCUAAAAGGCGAAAAAUAUCAGACAGUGAUGAAGAAGAGAAAGAGGAGGAGAAGAUCGUGAAAAGGAAAACAGCUGUACUCUCUGACAGUGAGGAUGACAAUGAGAAAACACCUGCAAAGAAAGUACGAAUUCUUUCUGAUGUUGAAGAAUCAGAUAGUGAUGCUGCUUCAGAGAAAUCUGAUAAAAGGAAGAAAAAUGCUAUAUCGGACAGUGAAGAAGAAGAAGAAAGGAAAGAGAAUGCUGGGAAGAAAAAAGAAGAGAAGGAUCUGUUUGGAAGUGACAGUGAAUCUGGAAAUGAGCAAGAGAACCUGAUUGCAGAUAUAUUUGGAGAAUCUGGUGAUGAAGAGGAGGAGGAAUUUACAGGUUUUAACCAGGAGGACUUGGAAGAAGAGAAAGCGGAUGCAGACAUGAAGGAGACAGCAGAUGAAUCCGAUUCUGAUGAUAACAUCAAAAGAGGGAAGCAUAUGGACUUCAUGUCAGAUUUCGACAUGAUGUUGCAACGAAAGAAGAGCAUGAGUGGCAAACGCAGACGGAACCGUGACGGAGGGACUUUUAUUAGUGAUGCAGAYGAUGUGGUCAGUGCCAUGAUUGGGAAGAUGAAUGAAGCUGCUGAGGAGGAUCGACAGCUGAAUACACAAAAGAAGCCAGCACUAAAGAAAUUAACUUUGCUACCAACCGUAGUUAUGCAUCUUAAAAAGCAGGACCUCAAAGAAACUUUCAUCGAUAGUGGUGUUAUGUCUGCUAUCAARGAGUGGCUCUCUCCUCUUCCAGACAGAAGUCUGCCAGCACUAAAGAUACGAGAAGAACUUCUGAAGAUCCUGCAAGAGCUGCCCAGUGUGAGCCAAGAGACCCUGAAGCACAGUGGGAUCGGACGAGCUGUGAUGUACCUCUACAAGCACCCUAAAGAGUCGAGACCUAACAAGGACAUGGCAGGGAAGCUAAUCAAUGAAUGGUCUCGACCCAUCUUUGGCCUUACCUCAAAUUACAAAGGCAUGACGAGAGAGGAGAGGGAGCAGAGAGAUUUGGAACAGAUGCCUCAGCGGAGGAGACUGAGCAGCUCCGGCGGUCAAACUCCUCGCAGGGACCUGGAGAAAGUGUUAACAGGAGAGGAAAAGGCACUCCGGCCUGGGGACCCUGGGUUCUGUGCCCGGGCAAGGGUGCCGAUGCCCUCCAACAAGGACUACGUGGUCAGACCAAAGUGGAACGUGGAAAUGGAGUCCUCCCGGCCCGGGACUAUUAAGAGAGGUAUUAGUCGCUUGGAAAAGCACAAGAGACGGUUUGCUGAACAGAAACGACUCAGCAAAGUGCAUCGAGCCAUCAAGUUCAGCAUUGAAGGCAACAGGAUGCCCCUGUAGCCAUGACACUGCCUUCCCCAAGUUUGAGAGGUAUCCCUCGAGGGAGGUGUGGACAGUGCAUGUGCUUCAGCCGUUGGCAGUUUGCACAUAUAGGAAAGGAGUGUGUAAGCCCCACCUUCAGCUUGGAAAGCUCUCCUGGUAUCCCCUGAUGCCUGUACUUUGACCUCAAAGGGCCACGUACAGGACAGGACACGCUGUAGCACCCGGCGCCUGCCGUGGUGCCUGCCUCCGCAGCUGCCCGGCACCCAGCGACAGGGACUGAAGGAAAAUCCUGCACUCACAGCCAGGUGUCUGUGGUUUGAAUGCUUGGCCAGUGAGCAGGUCCAGCAGUGUGAAACUUCUCACUUAGCUGUACUUUGCAGAUUGAUCUGAUGGGCAAGAAUUGCCCUUAUGUGGCUCAUGUUUCACUGGUAUAUGCAGGAURAAAACGCUGUUCAGGCCUAUUUUACCAAGGAAGUUAAGAGAUACGAGGCAUUAGGGGGUGGUUGAUGGCAGGUAGAGAACGAGACCUCCCAAGACUUGAGGAAAGCUCUGCUGGGAAUGCAGGGCUAGGGGAGAUGAUGGAUGAUGAAUAAUCAACAUGAGMAUUGUUUGGAAAACUUCUGGUCUGCAUUUCAGUUCUGUGAGCAGGGGUGUCCCAAGUGGUAGAUUGUUUUUAACCUUCACAUUUAUUUAUAACUUAUUUGGUUAAUCACUGAAAUUCCAGCUCCAAUUCCAGUAAAUAUUUUUUCUGUUUAAUGCAUAAACCUCACUUUUAAAUCAGUGCGUAGUGGGCAGCUUCCCUAAUGCUGGGAACAAGAGGUUCAGAUUCUAAAGGAUGUUUGUUUGGYAUCAAGUAGCAUAUUUUGGAUAUAUCUGUUUUUCCCAAACUUAAAAGGUGUAAAGUUUCCAGCAUUCACUUUUUCUUCUGUUGCCUAGCUAGGGAAACUGCUUUCUAGAAAGUAGUGGUUAUGGAUCCAGAAUCCCUUACUGUUGGUCUUCAGAGGGUUUUCUGUGCAGAAUCACUAUAAAAAC